AUGGUUACCAAUGAAGACCUUCAGUAUACAGGGAUUAUCAGUUUACUUAAGCAUUUCGGAUGGAGGUGGGUGGGGCUCUUUGUAGUGGAUGAUGACAGUGGAGAACGGUUUUUGGAGACCAUGGAGCCUUUGCUUUCCCAAAAUGGAAUCUGCACAGCCUUCACUAGUAAAAUCCCAAACCAGCAACGUUUUCAUGAGUCCAAAGAACAACAUUAUAUGAUCAGUUUUCUGUAUCAGAUAUUUAAUGUACCCCAAAUUAGAAUACACGUACUCUACGGAACAUUUCUUACAAUUAUGUGGCUGCGGUAUUUUGGUACCCAUAACAUUCUUCCAGUUGAGCUCCAGUUGGUUGGAAAAGUGUGGAUUACAACUGCUCAGGCCGAUUUUGUACAAUCAAGCCUUGGCUGGAAUAAAGAUAUGCAAGUCUUCCAAGGGGCCCUUUCCUUUAUGCUUCAGUCUAAGGAAGUUCCGGGGUUCCAGAGAUUUCUCCACACCAUCAAAUUAGAUUGGACAGCAGCAGAUAAUUUUCUCAAAUUGUUUUGGGAGGAGGCGUUUGAUUGUUCAUUUCCAGACCCGAGGAUGGGGUACCAGGUCUCUGGAACAUGCACUGGGGAAGAGAAGUUGGAUAGCCUCAUUGGGUCUCUUUUUGAAAUGCGCUUGAGUGGACACAGCUAUGGCAUUUAUAAUGCUGUCUAUGCUGUGGCCCAUGCGUUGCAUGCCUCUUACCUAUCCAGAUCCAAUCACCGAGGAAAAAUAGAUGGCCUAAAAGAGGUCCUUCAGGAUCUGCAACCUUGGCAGUUGCAUCCUUUUCUUCAAGGGAUAUCAUUUAACAAUUCUGCUGGAGAAAUAGUGUCUUUGAGUAACAACAGGGGAGUGAAAGCUGGAUUUGAUAUCAUGAAUUUGGUGAUCUUUCCAAAUCGAUCCCUCACACAUGUGAAAGUGGGACAAAUAGAUCCUAGCUCUUCCAAAGGAAAAGAAUUCAUCAUUGAUAAUCAUAGGAUUACCUGGCCCUCAAGCUUCAACCAGGUCAUGCCUAUUUCUGUCUGCUGUGAUUCCUGCACUCCUGGUUAUCAGAAGAAAAAGAGGGAAGGAGAAAAAUUUUGCUGCUACGAUUGUGUUCCUUGUCCAGAAGGAAAGAUUUCCAACCAAACAGACACGACUGAGUGCUUUCCAUGCCUGGAAGAUCAGUAUGCAAGCAAGGACCAAGAUCGAUGUAUUCAUAAAGUUGUAACAUUUCUAUCUUAUGAAGAUCCCUUAGGAAAAUCUUUAGCUUCAAGCGCUGCUUCUUUAUCCCUGUUCACAGUUCUUGUACUUGGAAUUUUUGUUAAAUACAACAAUACUCCCAUAGUCAAAGCCAACAAUCAGAAACUCACCUACACCCUCCUUUCCUCUCUCCUGCUCUGUUUCCUGUCUUCUUUCCUAUUCAUUGGUAAGCCAGAGAAAUUAUACUGCCUUCUCCGACAACCAUUUUUUGGGUUCAUCUUCUCGGUUGCUGUUUCUUCUGUGUUGGCCAAAACCAUCACUGUGCUUGUAGCGUUUAUGGCUUCUAAGCCAGGAUCCAGUAUGAAAAACUGGUUGGGAACAAAAGUAGUCACCUCCAUUGUCCUUUCUUGCUCUCUUAUUCAAACAGGGAUUUGUAUCAUCUGGCUUGGAACAUCUCCCCCAUUUCCAGGUUUAGAUAUGAACUCAGUAGCUGGAGAAAUCAUUGCGCAGUGUAAUGACGGGUCUGCCGCCAUGUUUUAUCUUGUCUUGGGUUACAUGGGACUUCUGUCCAUCAUCAGUUUAAUUGUGGCUUUCCUAGCCAGGAAGUUGCCAAACACUUUUAAUGAAGCCAAGUUUAUCACCUUCAGUAUGUUGAUUUUUUGCAGUGUUUGGCUGUGUUUUGUCCCAGCCUACCUGAGCACGAAGGGGAAAUACAUGGUAGCUGUGGAGAUUUUCUCUAUCUUAGCUUCCAGUGCUGGGUUGCUCUGUUGCAUCUUCCCUCCAAAAUGUUACAUUAUUCUGUUUAAACCUGAGCUGAACAGCAGGGAUCAGGUAACCAGGAGAAAGACUUAG